UCCUAGUGUUGAAUCUUCUUUUUCCUCUCUUCACCCCUCAUGCGUUGUUCCCCUUCUCCCAUCCUCGGACUGGCUGUAGAUGAGGGUGCAGGUGCUAGCACUGGUCGCGAUGGUGACCUUGCUUCUUACAAUGGUCGUAUCGCUCGAUUGUGCUCGGCCCUCCUCUCGUUCGGCUUCCUUCGAUGGCAAUGAGGCGACGCGAGAUGUAAGCCUGGUUUUCUGUGACAUCGAUUGAGAGCGAAGAGUUCAUUAGAGUUCUUCGUAUCUCUUCUCGCUAAACAAUUGCUAUCACCGUGUCGAUCUUCGGCAAUUCUGUUGACAGGAGGAUUUGGGACCUCAAGCUUUCAUAGCUUGAGGUCUAAACCUCCCAGGUAAGUAUACACGAGGUCCUGCUCGGCUUCUGCCACUGAGGCCAAUGUAAACUGAUUUUAACCAUUCAAAUUAGUUUUGGUUGCCUUUAAGUAUGAUGUUGGUUAGUUUAUGUUCGUUUUGAGACAUGGUUGGUUGAUUUGUGGGGAUUGAAAGGGUAAAUGAUGAUCACAGGCUUGUAACCUGCUCUAGUACCAUGUGAAAAUGAACAAUGUGUAUAUUUUUUGUGUUUAAAAAUUCUAAACUUUACAAUGAGAUAUUGAUCAUAAAUAUACAAAAAGAAUAUCAGUUGUCUACUUCUAUUCUAACGGUUGCCUAUAAUCUCUAAUUCUUUUAUGGGUAAGGUUGAAGUGUUUGUAGGAAAGGUUGUUUGCUUUUUCCUGGAGUCUAUGAUGAGAAGCCUGUACAAGCAAGCUUGCUUAUACAGUCUCUGAGAUCCCUACUUCUUCAGUCCCUAUUCUUCUUUCUUCUUCAACAAUGACACAUAGACAGGAUGAGUAGUUCACAACUCUCUUGUUUUCUUAUUCACAAGUAUGCCAUUACAAAUUUAUCUUAUUCCUAGAUUAUUUGAGGGAACUACAAUUGUACGUUAGUAAAUUCUAUACUUUUUCGUUGACGAGAAAAAAAGAAAGAUAGGGUACGUAGCAUUUGGCUGAUUAUGCAGGCUGCCGGGGCCCUCUUUAAGCUGGUAAAAGUUGAGAGUGAAAGAACUUUUUCCAAUUUUGGAGCAACUUAUCACAUGGUAACAAAACAAGCUUGUCAUGGUCUGCUUUUUCCAACAAUUGGUGCACUAACUAUUUUAUGACAUUCUGAAUGGUCUAUUUUGGCCAUUGAUGCUGAAAGAGAUGCGAGACUGAAAUGAUAUUAGCAUUAACAAUAUUAGCAUUAACAAAAGAAUAUGUCUAUUUCACUCUACUGUUUCUUGGGUGGACUUUGGGUGAUUAGCCACCUUAAGUCUGGCCUCUUGUUUAGAUGAUAAUUCUCUAUAAUCACUCGAAUUCUUACUUUCUUCCUUUAUGAUAUAUGAAACAAUCAAUAAUUUUUAAUUUUCCCCAAAUCUGCGUAUAAUAUGCUAGCUACCGUCUUCUUUUACAGUCAGCUGAUCAUACUGUGCUCUCUGCUUCUAGAUUCCUAUGCUAUAGAUACCAUUGCAGUAAACACAUCACUUACAGAUGGAGGAACUGUUAUCUCGUCCGGUGAAAGGUUCGAACUGGGGUUUUUUACUCCUGCUGGAAGAGAUGAUAACUGUAGGUAUGUGGGAAUAUGGUAUUACAAUUUGGAUCCAAUAACAGUUAUAUGGGUUGCCAAUCGAGAAAAGCCACUUCUUGAUACUGGUGGAAGAUUUAUUGUUGAUGACGGCAACCUCAAAGUAUUGGAUGAAUCAGGAAAACUUUAUUGGUCUACAGGCCUUGAAACACCAUCAGACCCAAGAUAUGGGUUGCGCUGGGAGGCUAAGUUAAUGGAUUUUGGAAACUUGGUCUUGAGCAAUCAAUUGGCAAGGACUACAUGGCAGAGCUUUGAGCACCCAACUGAUACAUUUCUUCCAGGUAUGAGAAUGGAUCAGAACCUUAUGUUGACUUCAUGGACUAGUAAAAUUGACCCAGCACCAGGGCAAUUCACAUUUAAGCUACAUCAAAAAGAAAAGAACCAGUUCACUAUAUGGAAUCACUUUAUCCCUCAUUGGAUAAGUGGAAUCUCUGGUGAAUUCUUCGAGUCGGAAGAAAUACCUUAUGAUGUAGCCCAUUUUUUAUUGAACCUUAACAUAAACAAAGGUCAUUCCUCAGAUUACAAUAGUAUAAGGGUCGUAAUGAGUUUCAGUGGGGAGAUACAAUCUUGGAACUUAGAUAUGUACCAACAUGAAUGGUCAUUAGAAUGGUGGGAGCCAAAAGACCGAUGCAGUGUUUAUGAAGCCUGUGGGAGCUUUGGGAGCUGCAAUAGUAACAACAAGUUACUUUGUAAAUGUUUGCCCGGUUUCAAGCCCAAAAUUCAAGAGAAAUGGAUCAUGGAAGACUUCUCUGAUGGAUGCACCAAAAAUUCAACAGCAUGUGACAAGGAUGACAUCUUCUUGAACUUGAAGAUGAUGAAAGUUUAUAAUACAGACUCCAAAUUUGACGUUAACAAUGAGACAGAAUGUAGAGAUAAGUGUCUCAGCAGUUGUCAAUGCCAUGCUUAUUCCUAUACUGGAGGAAAAAAUAGUACAAGGAGGGAUAUCGGACCUACUAACCCCACUUGCUGGAUUUGGACUGAGGAUCUUAAGAAUUUACAGGAGGAGUAUCUUUAUGGUGGUCAUGACCUCUUUGUUCGUGUAUCUCGUUCUGAUAUAGAAUCAACCGUCAGAAAUUGUGAAGCUUGUGGAACAAAUGCGAUUCCUUAUCCUCUAAGCACGGGUUUAAAUUGCGGUGAUCCUAUGUACUUCAGCUUCUACUGCAACAAGUCCACAGGCAAACUUAGCUUUAAAGCACCUACUGGCACUUAUAAUGUCACUAACAUCAGUCCAACUACUAGAACAUUUAUCAUCCAAGCAAAAGAAGUAGAUAACUGCAAUGCCAGAAAUGGCGCAUUUCUGCAGCUUGACCAGUUAUCUCCAUUCAACCUGAAUAAUGUGAUGACCUGUGGUGCUGAGGCAGAAUUUAGUUCUAGAUACAUAACAGAAAUAGUAAUUGGUUGGCAACCACCUGACGAGCCGAGCUGCACUUCUUCUGCAGACUGUAAGGAUUGGCCAUAUUCAACAUGCAAUAUAACAACAGAUGGUAUGCAAAGGUGCCUCUGCAAUACAAACUUCCGAUGGGAUGGCUUAGCCCUGAAUUGUACUCCUGGAGAAAAUUACCAUGAGCCAUUUAGAGGAUCUUCAACAAGAAAGAAACCAUUGUUUUUGAUAAUUGGAGUAACAAUUGCAAGUGUCAUAGUUCUACUGUGUGCCAUUGCUUACAUCUGCAUAUGUAUAUGCAAGAGAAAGAAAGAAAGAAGUAAGAACAUUGAAAGAAAUGCAGCUAUUUUAUAUGGCACUGAGAAACGCGUCAAAGACAUGAUAGAAUCGGAAGAUUUUAAAGAAGAGGACAAGAAGGGGAUAGAUAUACCUUUUUUUGAUUUAGACAGCAUACUAGCUGCUACAGAUAAUUUCUCAGAUGUAAACAAGCUUGGACGAGGGGGGUUUGGGCCUGUGUACAAGGGUAUAUUUCCAGGAGGUCGUGAAAUUGCUAUUAAGAGACUCUCAAGUGUUUCAGGACAAGGAUUGGAAGAAUUUAAAAAUGAGGUUGUGCUGAUUGCUAGACUUCAACAUAGAAAUCUUGUCAGACUUUUGGGCUAUUGCAUUAAAGGGGAAGAAAAAAUUUUGCUUUAUGAAUAUAUGCCUAAUAAAAGCUUAGAUUCUCUUGUGUUUGAUCAAAAGCUAAGCAUACUUCUGAAAUGGGAGAUGCGAUUUGACAUCAUUCUGGGAGUUGCUCGAGGGCUGCUUUAUCUGCAUCAAGAUUCUAGGUUGAGAAUUAUUCAUAGGGAUCUGAAAACAAGCAACAUUUUACUGGAUGCAGAAAUGAACCCGAAGAUUUCUGACUUCGGCCUGGCAAGGAUAUUUGAAGGCAAACAAACAGAGGGAAGCACAAGCAGAGUAGUUGGAACAUAUGGGUAUAUGUCCCCGGAGUAUGCAUUAGAUGGGCUAUUUUCAGUUAAAUCAGAUGUUUUUAGCUUUGGUGUAGUAGUACUAGAAAUUUUGAGUGGUAGAAGGAGCACUGGAGUUUUUAAGAGUGGACAAGGUCUGAACCUUCUAGGCUAUGCAUGGAGAAUGUGGAUAGAAGAUAAGGCAGUAGAUUUUAUGGACGAGACGCUAAGCGGAAGUUGUAAAAGAAAUGAAUUUGUGAAGUGCCUACACAUUGCGCUGCUAUGCGUACAAGAAGAUCCAGCUGAUCGUCCCACCAUGUCAACUGUAGUUGUCAUGCUCAGCAGUACUGAACCUGUAACAUUUCCAACCCCUAACCAGCCAGCCUUUGUUGAAAGGAAAGAUCUUUCUACUACUGCUUCUUCCUCAAGUAAACAGGAAAUCAUCACCAACUGGACAGCUACUUUUGGAGGAGGUAGAUGAUGCCGGAGGGUUUCAUGAAUCAUUUCAUUUCUUUCAUCAAGUUUGGGUAGUUUCUCAUGCAUCAAAUAUCGAUAAAGAAAACACUUACCCCGAAAACGUGCUGACGUGGGAAGGAAAUUGUAGUCCUUCAAGAAUAUUCUGGCAUAUUUUUUCUUAACAGGUUUCUUCUUUUUUAACUUGAAACAAUUUCUUUUCUUUCUUCA